UGGAGAGAUUGAGGAGACCUUGGCAAGAUUCUUCUUGCACAAAGCUCUCAUUCUUCAUUUUGCAAGAACUUAGUAAAUCCCCCCACCAUCAACAAUGUCUGAGCAAGUCGCCAUCGGUAUCAACGGCUUUGGCCGCAUCGGCCGUCUCGUGGCCCGCGCCGCCAUCGAGAACCCCAAGACCAAGGUGGUGGCCAUCAACGACCCCUUCAUGGAUCUGGAGUACAUGGCGUACCUGUUCAAGUACGACUCGACCCACGGCAAGUUCGACGGCUCCGUGGAGACCAAGGACGGCAACCUGGUCGUGAACGGCGAGGUGAUCCACGUGUUCGCCGCCCGCAACCCGUCGGAGAUCCCGUGGGGCAAGGCCGGUGCCACGUACGUGUGCGAGUCGACGGGUGUGUUCACGACGACGGAGAAGGCCCAGGCCCACAUUGAGGGUGGCUGCAAGAAGGUGGUGAUCUCAGCCCCGCCUAAGGAUUCCACGCCCAUGUACGUGAUGGGAGUGAACCACAAGGAGUACGACGGCUCGGCGCCGGUGGUGUCGAACGCUUCAUGCACGACGAACUGCCUUGCGCCUCUGGCCAAGGUGAUCAACGACAACUUCGGCAUCGUGGAGGGUCUGAUGACGACUGUGCACGCGACGACGGCCACGCAGCUUCCUGUGGAUGGCCCUGCAAAGGGAGGCAAGGACUGGCGUGGUGGGCGUGGCUGCGGCCAGAACAUCAUCCCGUCGUCGACGGGUGCCGCUAAGGCUGUGGGCAAGGUGCUUCCGGUGCUGAACGGCAAGCUGACGGGCAUGGCCUUCCGUGUGCCUACGCCGGAUGUGUCUGUGGUGGACCUGACGUGCCGUCUGGAGAAGGCUGCGUCGAUGGACGCUAUCAAGGCUGCCGUGAAGGCCGCUUCGGAGGGCGAGCUGUCUGGCAUCCUCGGCUACACGGAGGACCAGGUGGUGUCGAACGACUUCUUGCACGACAAGCGCUCGAGCAUUUUUGACGCGGAGGCGUGCAUUGCUCUGAAUGACAACUUCGUGAAGCUCGUGUCGUGGUACGACAACGAGUGGGGCUACUCGAACCGUCUCGUGGACCUUGUGCUGCACAUGGCCACCGUGGACAAGUAAGUCGUGGUUCCUGUAUGGCUGUGCUCAUGCAAUGUUCAAUGUUGCUUGAGUGAUUCGAGAACUUGCGUCGCAGCAAGCGGAUUUAUGAAAUUGUUGAGCUGAAGAGUUGUUUACCCCGCUCCUCGUUGAAAGGCUGUGAAGUCGUAGCUGGCUUCAGUGCUGUCUAUCAUGAGAAUAAAAGAAAACCUUACGAGCAAGAA